CUGCGGUCCAACACGCUUAAGUUGGCCCACUAUUUGCUCUCCUUCGCCCGUUGUUGCCACCACCACCGAACUCUUCCUCGAGUAUCCUUUUGCAGUAUUGUAGCGCCACCUUCGCUGUAACGCCGUGCUGCGUACGGAGAUGCGUUCGUCCUGGCAAGAGGUCGAACUUCAGAUCGGCGAAAUAAACAAUUCCAGUCUCAGUAAAAAUCUUCGUUCGUGAUGGUAGUGACUGUAAACGAAGACGCAAGCAGAAUGGCUGUUCUUGUAGCAAAAAUCGUGACGCAAGGAAAAUUACCGAAGCUGCAACUACAAGCACCAAAAUACUCCAGCACGUCGCAAUCUCAUCUCGAAUUAGAGCUUUGGUGGAAAACCAACGUAUUAGCAAUGAAACUGCUGCAGGUAGUAAAGCGGCGACUAUUUUGAGAAUUCAGAAACAAGAGUCAAAGUCACAAUGAAUCUGACUUCAAUAACAUGUGACAUGAUGAUUAGAAUUGCUCUAUUCGGAAGUAUUCAUCACUCGCGUCAAGAAACUGGCCUAAAGAAAUAUUUCAACAUUAGUGUAAUCGAAGUUAAGUUUGAGAAUCCAACGCUCGUGAGCUGCCAAUUCAUUUUGUUUCUUCUGCGUCAACGAUGCGAAGUAUGGCUCUAGCACAGCGCCGAACAGCAUCUAGUGGAAAUGCGAAAUACGAUCGCAGUGUGAAUUCUC